AUGCGGAUAUUGUCCUUCUCACGACUCACCCUAAUCGGGCUGAGCCUUUGGCCCGCUCAGAUCCUCGCAGCGGAUACCCUCAGUACAGAUGGAGUAUCUACCUGCCUGACAGGAUCCGAUAUCGAGGUCCAGAAGAUGCAUAUUACUUACACCAAGUCCACAAAACAAGUUGUUUUUGAUGUGUCGGGAACGAACGCGAAAGAGCAGAAUGUCACUGCAUCUUUGGAAGUCUACGCCUAUGGUAAUGAAGUCUACACAAAGGAAUUUGAUCCUUGCAGCAGUGACAACCAUGUCGCUGAAUUGUGUCCUGUUCCUUCCGGUACCUUCUCAGCAACUGGAUCCCAGGAGAUUCCAGACUCGUUUGCGAGCCAGAUCCCGUCCAUUGCUUUUGCUAUACCCGACUUGGAUGGUCAGGCAAAGCUUCAGCUGAAAUCGAAGGAUGACGGUAAAGAGGUUGCCUGUAUUCAGUCGACGCUGUCCAAUGGCAAGUCUAUGCAGAUCCCCGGUGUCUCCUAUGCCGCUGCUGGCGUGGCAGGCGCUGCCCUCGCGCUGAGCGGAUUGUCUGCCAUAAGCGCUGCAGGUCACCCUGGCGCCCAUUCAUCUAGCCCCGGCUUUGGUGAUGUGAUGGGGUGGUUCCAUACCAUGGCAACCAAUGGCAUGCUCAGUGUGAAUUACCCGACCGUGUACCGCAGCUUCUCGAAGAACUUUGGCUUUAGCACCGGGUUGAUACCGUGGGGACAGAUGCAGCAAUCCAUCGAUAACUUUAGACAGUCCACCGGUGGCAACCUCACCGAGGCCAGUUACGAGUUUCUCCGCAACGCAACGCUGGAGUAUGGUGAUGGAUCGUCCUCGAACUCGAGUUCCAAGGCUAAGCGAGGAUGGAAUCUGGUCGUCGGGGCCGUGGAGCUGGCUGCACGGGAUCUUUCGACUUCAUAUGACAACUCGACUUCUACCAAUGACACGAGCGAUGUGACAAGCGAUUUCAAGAAGACUGUGUCCGGCAUUGAGGCGUUUGCGGCACAACUUACCGUACCGCAGGCAAACAUCUUCAUGACCGUUUUGUUGAUCUUCGCUAUUGUCGUUGCCGCCAUCGCCGUCGGCAUCUUGCUCGUCAAAGUUAUCCUUGAAUUGUGGGCCCUCUAUGGCUCUUUCCCCAAAAAGCUUACGGAUUUCCGCAAAGACUAUUGGGGUAUCAUGGCCCGGACGAUCACCAACCUGAUUCUCAUUCUAUACAGUAUCUGGGUGUUGUACUGCGUCUAUCAGCUAACCAACGGAGAUUCCUGGGCCGUCAAGGUUCUGGCUGGUGUCACGCUUGCCCUGUUCACAGGAGUUUUGUUAUUCUUUGGUUUCCGGAUCACGCAUCUAGCGCGCAAGUACAGGAAAUCGGAGGGAGAUGCCUCAAGCCUGUACGACAACAGAGACACGUGGCGCAAAUACAGCCUAUUCUACGACAACUACAAAAAGGACUACUGGUGGCUGUUUGUUCCCGUGAUCGUGUACAUGUUCGCCAAAGGAUGUAUCAUCGCAGCUGGUAACGGCCACGGCUUGGUGCAGUCCGCCGGUCAACUCAUUGUCGAAGCGCUCAUGUUGGCUCUUCUGCUAUGGAAUCGGCCGUACGUUGGCAGAUCGGGCCAAUGGAUCAACAUCAGUAUUCAAGUGGUCCGCGUAUUGUCGGUCGCCUGUGUCCUGAUUUUCGUCGAGGAACUUGGCCUUUCGCAGACGACCAAGACCGUGACAGGAAUUGUCCUCAUCGUGGUGCAAUCGGUUUUGACUGGUAUUCUAGCCAUUCUGAUCGCUACCAACACCAUCAUUCACUGCUGUCGCGAGAAUCCCCAUGCUAAGCGGAGAAAGGAAGCCGAAAAAUUGGACCGGGAUAUGGAUGACCUCACGCCGUUGGAUGCGAGGGAGUCACUUCUAAUGGACCACCCUCCGCGCAAGGACUACGCUGAAAUGAACAAAUUCAAUUUCACCGGCCCUUACGAGCCUUAUCGCGACCAGCACGAGCCCACUUCGCGGCAUAGUGCCACGGGGAGUACAGACCGUCUAGUCGACCCGAGUUACGGCCAGGACGAGCGAACCGGUCGAAGUCCAAGCCGACUCAGCAGGGAAAGCCGGGGGUCUCCUGAUGGGCGUAAAGCUACCACUCCAGGAUAUGGCUUUGCCUAUUAG